CAUACUUAAUAGGAGGGGGGUGGCACUGGGCCUUCCUACAGUUGCUCAGUGACACACAAAUGCUCACAAGGAGGAGCAGGACCCUGAGGCAAAACCUGGAGGUCCCCUUUUGUUUUCAUACAUCGAGCAUUUUACUGGAAUCACCGAUUCAUUGUUGGGAUUUAAUCUGAGUUCGGUUGGAUUACUUGUGUCGGAGCGUGGUUCCAGACACACGUUUUGACGACCGUGAAUCUCGGUGUGGGGAGACUGGGUGAACAGAAGAGCAACAGAUAGACAAGAACACACACACGUGGUAUCAAAAAGGCGGUGAGAUGUCGAGGCCGCCCUCCUCCCAGACCACCCCUCAGUUCCACAGGGUCAGCGACAGAGACCUCACUGAGAUUGAGCUUCAUUCUGUGGACUCCAUCAACGACCUCCACCGAACACACCAUGAACACAGCCACAAAGGGAUGAGGCCUCCUCGACCUGCUUACACACCCACCUUGAAUGGGAAUCUCUACACAUGUGACGUGACAGCUGCCAAUCAAAGAGGCCAUCCAGUCACCAGCAAAUGGCAGAGCCGUCUGCAGGAUAUGUUGACACCCAGCUCAUCACGUGCCUAUGCCAUGGCCUGUGCUAUUAUCACAUUGCUUCUGCUAACAGUGUUCCUGAUCUUCUACUUUUUGGUCCAGCAGGGCGGCGCAGUCCGGAUGCUGACUGAGGCAUUGAGGGAGAAAGAGGCCACAGCCACAGAGCUGUCACUGCUGAUCCAAGAACUGCAGGCACUGAGACACAACCUGACAGCCAUGAGAGGAGGGACAUGAGGCAGCUCUCCACAGAAAAAUAAACAUGUUCGUGUACAAGUACACAGGAAACACUUUAAAUAUCGGACAGGGAUGCUUUAAAGUACUGUGUUUUACAGUGGAUUUUUUUCCCUUGAAGAACCAUUUGUCAAAUUGUUCUGUAAAUGUUGUCUGUGUUUCAAGAUUAAAUGUAACUAAUUGAGCCAUGUUAUUAAGAGGUGGGAGAUUUCUGACAAUGUCCUGCCGUGGUCACAAUAUGAGAAGGACUUGAGAGAUUUUUUUUCUGUGAUGGCGCUGUCAUUAAAGCAGAUGAAAUGAAUGGAGGCAGUGCGUCUCAUAACAAUGCAUUGCAUCAUACACAGUGAGUGCAUUCAGCAAACUGAUUAUUCAGCAUUAUUGCUUAAAAUAAUGAGCAACUUUAAAUUGUUGCCCCUGUGUCAGACAGAAAUUUGUUUAAAUUACAUUAUAUUUAAAAAUCUAGCCGCUUUGCCACUUUCGUGCUGCCGCAGUCAAAAUGUGGUGG